UGAUCGGCUGCUGCUUGCUUGUCCCGGGCGCCUGCGGUCCUGCCAGUCCGACACUAGGAGGACUUGCCAACUCACAGCCACUUUUCCCACUCAUCCUGAUUCUCAACUCAUAUCGAACGCAGAUUAGGCAGCAGUGGUAUUGAACUAUAAAUUGAAGAGAUCUGUCGGGUUCAGCUCAGAUCCUCAGUCUUCAAGACACUCCUACACCCUCAUUUGUUCAACUAUUGACUUGAGAUAUCACUUGCACAAUGGCACGCUACCCCGAGCAUGUUGGCAUCAAGGCCAUGGAGAUCUAUGUUCCGGCACAGUGCCUGAAUCAAACGCUCUUCGAGAAGCACCAAGGCGUUUCGGCCGGCAAAUACACCAUCGGACUAGGUCUCCAGUACAUGAACUUCUGCACCGAUAGAGAAGACGUCUGCACUCUAGCCCUAACAGCCGUCUCCUCCCUCCUUCACAAAUACAAUAUCGACCCCAACUCCAUCGGCCGUCUCGAAGUAGGCACCGAGUCCCUCAUCGACAAAGCCAAAUCGAUCAAAUCCGUCCUCACAACCCUCUUCGAGCCCUCAGGCAACACAAGUAUCGAGGGCAUCGACACCAUCCACGCCUGCUACGGCGGUACCAACGCCCUUUUCAACGCCGUGAACUGGGUCGAGUCCCGUUCCUGGGACGGUCGAGACGCCAUCGUCGUGGCCUCGGACAUUGCCCUCUACAACGAGCCCUCCACCCGUCCCACCGGAGGUGCAGGCUGCGUCGCCAUGCUUAUCGGUCCAAACGCAGCCCUCUCCCUCGACCCCAGCAUCCGCGGCGUCUACAUGUCUCACACCUACGAUUUCUACAAGCCAGACCUCAAAGCCGAAUUCCCUCUCGUUAACGGCCACGAAUCCAUCACCUGCUACCUCCGCGCCAUUGAUGAAUGCCAUAAGGACCUCCUCCGUCGCAGAUCCAGCAAGGAACCCGUCCUCGACCUCUUCGACUACAUGGCCUUUCACACCCCCAACUGCAAACUCGUCAGCAAAUCCUACGGUCGACUCAAAUACAACGACAUCCUCACAUCCAACACAGAUACAGCCAUACCCUUCAUCCCCUCAGACCUCCUAACCCUUCCCUAUGAGUCCUCUCUCAAAGACAAACCCCUCGAAAAAGCCCUCAUCUCGCUAACAAAAGACGACUUCAAAUCCCGCGUCGAACCAUGUAUCCUCGCCCCUUCGCUCUGCGGAAACAUGUACACAGCCAGUCUCUACUGCUCCCUCAUCAGUCUCAUAAGCAGCAUUGACCUUACCACCGCCCAGGGAAAAACCAUCGGCAUGUUCAGCUACGGCAGCGGCCUCUCCAGCACCCUCUUCGCCCUAAAAAUCACCGGCGACUUGACCCCCAUCGUCCAGAAAAUCAAUUUCAUGCAGCGUUUGAAAGAGAGAUAUAUUGCCACUCCGGAGGAAUAUGAAGCUGCCUGCGCCCUCCGACUCCAAGCCUACGGAAGCAAGAACUAUACCCCUGUUGGGGAUGUGGAUUCCCUUGCACCGGGGACUUAUUAUCUGGAGGGGAUUGAUGAGGUGUUCAGGAGGAAGUAUGCUGUUAAGAAUUAGGGAAUAGUUAGUUGUGGAGGUUGACUGGACUUUGUCUGGGGAAGAUGUGCAGCGGUGGGUUUGGAGUUUGAGUCAGGCAUGAAUUAAUUGUGGAGAGGAAAGGGGAUAUCGAAAGUAUGACAUCAGCAGAGUAGAAGAAAAAAAAAGCUUUAUGCAACUAUGUGACUGUGGCUGCGAUGGAUGGUUCUUUGAGGGGGUUGGGUAGUCACUACCUAUAGUAUGUUCGGGGGGAAAUUGGGAUGGGAUUAGAUUAUCAUAUCCAAGAAGAGGU